AUGUCAUCUUCAGGGUUAGACCUUAAAAAUUAUCUAAUUCCACUGGAAGAGAUCAAGCAUGCCACCGAUGACUUCAGUCCGCAUAGAUGUAUUGGAGGAGGUGGAUUCGGCAAGGUCUACCAAGGACAACUCUCCACACAAGGGCAAAACUGCAUAACUGCUAUCAAACGCCUAGAUCAAGAUAGCUACCAAGGAGAGCAUGAGUUCCGCAAUGAGCUUGAGAUGAUCUCCAGAUUCCAACAUAAAAAUAUCAUCCGUUUUUUUGGUUACUGUGAUGAAGGCAAAGAGAUGAUUAUCAUUUAUGAGUAUGCUACUAAUGGAAGCCUCGAUCAUCACCUUGAAGAUCCAAAUAAGAGGCGUUGCAUAACAUGGAUACAACGAUUACAGAUUUCCAUAGGAGCGGCAAGAGGACUCGGUUACCUUCACUCGGGUCUUGGAGAGCACAACAGAGUGAUCCACAGAGACAUUAAGAGUGCAAAUAUAUUGUUAGAUGAGAAUUUGGUUGCAAAAAUUUGUGAUUUUGGUUUGUCAAAAUUGGGUCUCAGAAAUCAGCCAGAAACCCAAAUCUAUACAAAGGUUGCAGGUACCAAGUUUUAUUUGGAUCCCACUUACCAUGAAAGCGGCAUCCUCCAUAAAGAAUCGGACGUUUACUCAUUUGGUGUGGUGCUUUUUGAAAUGCUGAGUGGGAUGCUGGUUUAUAGUAGACGAAACAUUGGAGAUGAUAAGCCACAAUCUCUCAUAAAUUUUGUCAGGCGAUACUAUCACACCAGCCUCGACAAGUUGAUUGAUCCCUAUAUAAAGGAUGAAAUUGAUAGCCGUUCUUUCGAAACGUUUAAAGAAAUCUCAUAUCAGUGCAUCAGUUUCAAUCUAAUGGAACGCCCUACGAUGGACACAGUCAUUGCUAGGCUUGAGGAAGCGUUGUCGUAUAUCCAAAUUCCGGAUGUACAGAACAACCUUGGGCAACAGGAUCACAUGAUUCCUGUCAACAAAGAAUAUGUACAGAAGGAGAUGGAUAAGAUCAAUCUAGAUGAUAGUUCUGGUUCUAAUGAUCAUAUUCCUAUCAAUGAAUCUUCCAAGAUAAUAAGAGUAGAUGCUGAAAAAAUUCAAGCUUUGAACCAAGUUAGAAGGAAAAAGAUUAAAGAUGAUCUCAAAAACCAACCAUUGAUCAAAGUUCCAAAGAUUAAGAGGCCAACAAAACCAUUUACUCGAAUUCAAACAGGUACUAACCCAACUCCUAUUCAGUAUGUCAUUCCAAAAGUACCACCUCCUCAACAGACACCCAUACAGAUAGAAUACAGUCCAGGUCAGUCAUCCACGCCCCAAGCACCUCCAACAAAAAAUCUACUUAAAGGCAUUGUGAUUGGUGAAUCCAGUCCAACUCCUCCACCCGAAACAAGUGCUGGAUCUUACAAAGACAGAGACAAGGAUAUAGUCAUUGAAAUUCUGAAGAAAAGCUAAAAAAAAAAAAAAAAAAAUUGACGAUAUAUGAUGAAGAUGCUCAGCUUGCCAAAGUUCAUAAUGAGAACCUUGGUAGUCGAAUUGCAUGCUUAUUUUAUUUUUAU